CCCCUCCCCCCCCCACUUCUCCUUCCCUCCCUCUGUCCCUCCCUCCCCACCAGCUCAUUCACUUGGCUCGCACGGUCCAGACGUCGCAGGGAGAACAGAAAGACAGUCUGUGCGGGCAGACAAACCCGAGCAAGAGGCAAAGAGGGGGACUCCUGCACGCUGCGAGCUGAGCCGCGAGCAUCCCUCCCUGCGCACCUCCAGCCGCAACCCGGCGCAUCUGCCUCUCCCCGAGCUCCCUCGGCUUCAGACCUGGGACUUCCAGUAUCCGGGAGAAAGAAAUCAAGAGACUUCUUGGGGCUCCUGCGACUUAAGUGAGGGGGGGCAGAUCCCACGGCCGCCCGCUCCGCGAGUCCCAGACAAACAGGGCAUUAAGUUUUCCGCGCCAUCGCCGUGCCAUGGAAAGGAUCACCAGCGCCCAGCCGCCCCCCGCCUGCCUGGGCAAAGUGCCGGGACUGGAGCCCACAGGGAUGGAUUUUGCCCACAUGUACCCAGUGUACAAACCCAGGAGGGGAUUAAAAAGGAGCGAGGACAAUAAGGAGACCUAUAAAUUGCCGCACCGACUGAUCGAGAAGAAAAGACGUGAUCGGAUUAAUGAGUGCAUCGCCCAAUUGAAAGACCUCUUACCCGAACAUCUCAAACUUACUACCUUGGGUCACUUGGAGAAGGCUGUGGUUCUUGAGCUUACCUUGAAGCAUGUGAAAGCACUCACCAACCUGAUUGAACAGCAACAACAGAAGAUUGUGGCUCUUCAGAGCGGCUUACAGGCCGGUGAGCUAUCCUCGAGAAACCUUGAUGCCAGCCAGGAGAUGUUCUGCUCUGGUUUCCAAACAUGUGCCAGGGAGGUGCUGCAGUACCUGGCAAAGCAUGAAAGUAGUCGGGAUCUGAAGUCUUCGCAACUCGUCAGUCACCUCCACCGAAUGGUCUCUGAGGUCCUGCAGGGCGGAGCUGUCCACAAGCCUAGCGAUCCCACCCCCAAAAUGAUGGACUUCAAAGAGAAGCCCAGCUCCCUGACCAAAGGCACUGAAGGGCACGGGAAAAACUGUGUCCCGGUAAUCCAAAGGACUUUUGCCCAUUCGAGUGGUGAGCAGAGUGGAAGCGAUACAGACACUGACAGUGGUUAUGGAGGCGAGCUGGAGAAAAGUGACUCUAAAGCUGACCAGCAGUAUUUUAAAAAUGAUAACGAACAUAAAUACCCACUGGGAGAAAGAGUAAGCGCCAUUAAACAAGAAUCUGAAGACCCACCUGCAAAAAAGACCAGACUAGAAAUGUCUGACAGGGAAAGCCAUUUUAGCAGUGAUAUUAUUGGGUCUUCUUUUCUGGGCCCUCACCCUCACCAGCCUCCCUUCUGCCUGCCUUUUUAUUUGAUCCCACCAUCAGCGACAGCCUAUCUGCCAAUGUUGGAGAAGUGCUGGUACCCCACCUCUGUCCCAGUCUUGUACCCUGGGCUCCCUGCUUCAGCUGCAGCUCUCACUGGCUUCAUGAACCCAGAGAAGAUCCCGCCUCCUUUGCUGAUGCCCCAAAGACUCCCUUCUCCAUUGCCACCCCAUUCCUCCAUCGACUCUUCAGCUCUGCUCCAGGCUCUGAAGCAGAUCCCACCUUUAAACUUGGAAACCAAAGACUAAACCCAGUGUGACCCCUGACCUCUUUUGUUUUGCUUCUUAAAAAAAAAAAAGUCUAAUGAGACUGAGUUUAUAUCCAGAUUAAACAGAGGUGUGGAGGUUAGGUGGUGUGUGAGUGUGUGUGUGUGUGUGUGUGUGUGUGUGUGUGAGUGGGUUAUUGUACACAAGUAUAGGACUUGGAAACCUCCUUUGGCUCCAGCAGUCAGAAAGCUUAGGGAAAACAUGAAGGAUGGACCUAGGUUAACAUAUGUAGGGGUUGGCUUGUUUGGCAUCAUUUUGUUUAAAUAAAACCUCCCAGAUUUUACCACCCAGAGAAAACAGCCCACUGAAAACAGAGUCAACUGAAUUAUUCAAAACUGUGACUUCUGUUCGGUUUAUCCAGAUUUAAAUUUGGGAGAGAGGGCUACGGGGUAGGGUUUUUUAAAACUUUUUUUUUUUUUGGUGAACUGGAAUAUGGUACUUUCAUGUGAGGACUUGGACAAAGCACAGCUCCCCACCAGGCCCACAGCUUGAGACGGACUUAUUCCACCCCACCCAUCUCUCAGUAUUUUUCCGUGUGACUCAAACACAAAAGGGCAGUCAGUCUUAGUACUGGCGUUUUGUUCAUCUCCAUCCAAAGCUGUAAAGUAGCCCCCCAUGGCGUUGUCCCCGAGGAUUUCUGGGAAGACUUGAGAUGGCUUUCUCUCCACACCUUGGCCUUGAAUGAGUACAGAGCAUAGUUGCUGCUUAAGCUGUAUAUGUAAUUAUCUAAUUAAGGAACUAAAUGUGCCCUGUUGGACAGCCUGACCCACCAGAAGAACGAGUGAGGAGUGUUCCUCCAGACUUCUCUGGCACCUGAUUUUUUGUCUUCUUUUUGCAACUGCUGCACAGGUGUCUGAGGUACGGGAGAGCAGAGGGCUGCUUAAAUUACGUAGAGUGUUUAUCAAUCAGGGCAUGAAUUGCUACCCUUAAAGAGCAAAUUUGAAUAUAGUUUAUUUUUUCCGUUGAAAACUCCUGCUAAUCGUCUUAGCCCCCUCAACUGCCUGACCACCCGUAGACCAGAUUGUUUCUGCAGUGAUAGUGCCCCUGUCUGAUGGCUUAUAACUGUCCUUUAACUGAAAAAAAAAAGCAUAUCUCCUUAGUUAAAAAAAAAUUGUGUCCAGAGUAAAUGUUUUCUGAAUUGUCUGUCUAUGACUGCACCAGCUAUUGAAUGCACUAUGCCUGAUUGUGUUCUAACUUCUUUUGGGGUCUAAAGUUAUUGCCUUAUUUGUAAAACUGUUAUAAAUAUAUAUUAUAUAUAAAUAUAUUAAAAAGUAAAAUGUU